AUGUUUCGAAUUAAUCGUCUUCUUACAUCAAGAAAAAUUGGACUGGCUUAUACGUCAGGUUAGGAGCACGCUUAAAGCCAUUUUAUGCAUAUAAACAUCUUGGUGUAAUAAGCAUUUAUACCUGGGCUCUACUGUCUGACUUAUGUAUUUUUAUGUAAACGUUUUGGUAUGAAGGCCGGAAACGUCAGUCGAUUUGAUGCCUCAUUCCUAAACAGUGCUCAAGAAUUCCCACCAAAGAUUUAAACUAAAUUAGUCAUUAGGAAAGUCCUGGUCUAUUCAAAUCUAUUGAAUCAACAUAGAAGACAGUUAACUAUUAUAAAUAGAAUUUUCGCGUAGGUGAGGUCUUUAUCCUUAUUUCCACUUAGCCAACGUAUUUGUCUAUUUUUCGGUCAGUCUCACCAAGAGGCUUGUGGUUAAGAAAAGAUAUACAGCUGACAGCGAGGUUUCCAGUAUGCUGAAAGGACUUUCCUCUAGUGUACUUAUCUAAAUAAAGCACCUGUACAGAAUGUUCGAAUUCUAGGAUAGACGUUUGAGACCCCUGUUAGACUUCCGCUGUCUUCUGUAAGGCCGCAAAAUUUAUUUAUGCCAAGAACCGCUUAGUCGCUUAAUCACGCAGGGGCAGUCAUUUCAGUUCUCAGGCUCUAAACUCCAGGAGUUGAGUAUCGAUCUAUAUGAGGUCAGGUCAAGAUGGCAGAAAUGAGCGUCUUUCGGUAUGUAAGUACGCGCAAUCGCGGCUGCACAGCCGACUCUCUUAUGUUUGUGCUGGCGCCUUUCACGCAAGCGUCAACAAUUGCAAUUUUGCAUGUCGAAAAUGUGUGUAGUCUUUCUGUUGCCUUCCUUCGAGUACAAAUGUGCAUUUAUGCCAUCUUUAUGGCUGUUUAGGAAUUAAAUUUUUUCUUCGUGCUAUUACCGUUAUUUUCUCUGGCUCAUUGUUUUACACCAAAGCCCCUAACCCCUGUCAGAUGUCCACCAACACAAACAAAUUUCGAGGAAUUUUGACUUUCGCUAAUGAUGGCUUUCGACAGGAGAAAGACUCCCUGGGGUUCAUAAACGUGCCGACUAAUGCCUAUUAUGGAGCGCAAACACAGCGUUCUCUGCAGAAUUUCCAGAUUGCCACUGGGAAGGACCUUAUGCCGGUAGCCAAUAAAUCUAGUAAUUUUAAUUAUUUCGGAAAUAAAUGAAGAUCACACUGCUGCAUGCCCUUGCUCUCCUCAAACAAGUCGCGGCAGUCAUAAAUCUCGAGGGGGGCAAGCUGACCACCGAUAAAGCCAAGGCCAUAAUAUCAGCUGCUGAGGAGGUUCAGUCAGGCAGCCUGGACAGACAUUUCCCACUCGUUAUCUGGCAAACCGGGUCCGGCACUCAGACAAACAUGAACGUCAAUGAGGUGAUCGCUAACCGCGCCAAUGAGAUUCUCGGUGGACAGAGGGGUGACAAGACCCUCGUACACCCGAACGACGACGUUAAUCUCAGUCAGGUUAGCAUUUGCUUGGAAAUCAUGUUGCCUCCUUUUAGAGCUCCAAUGACAUAUUUCCAACCGCGAUGAAUGUAAGCAUUGUCAUUGAAGUUGUACAAAAACUUAUCCCCUCCUUGCAAUACCUUUUGGACAAACUACACGACAAAAGUCGGGAAUUUCGGACGCUAGUAAAAAUUGGCAGAACUCAUUUACAGGUCAGGCUGCACUUGUUUUUAUUAUUCCCAUGCGUGUUCGUCUGUAAUAUUUGGUGUUUACCUCUCGAAGGCAAGAAUUCUAAAGUGCUGUAGUUGAAUAAGGCGCAAAUGUAACACUGGCCUCGUCAUUUUUUAAUACUAAUUUCGGAUUUCUAGUUUGAGCAUUUGUUUUCAUUCUACUAUGUAGCAUACACUAGAAUCCUGAGUUUCCCUCGUCUGAAAGAUCUUGCAUGUAUAGACAAGUGUAUACCUAGGAUUAAUUGGUGUCUGGUCACGCCGAUUAGCCUAGACAAUAUCUUGAAGUUUGCAGUGUUUAAAAUUGUGAGGGAGAUAACCCGAUUCAGAAAUUGCCAAAGGGCGUUUUAGAGUCUGUUUUUGCUAACUGAUGCGCUGGCACAAGACACUUUUUAAUAAUUAUUGCUUAAUAUCUAAAUUGAACAUGGGCAGUGAAGUAUAUUAGAAGUGUGCCGAUUCCUACUCUCCAACAACACAGCUACAGCACACAUUAAGUCUUGCCAUAAUAACUUAUUUUAAAAACCUGUUGGCGCAGGACGCCGUUCCAAUGACAGUUGGUCAAGAAUUGAGUGGCUACUGCGACCAGCUCAGGCAAUGCCUUGAAAGCAUUAAACGUCAACUUCCUUUCGUCUGUGAGCUUGCGGUUGGCGGAACUGCUAUUGGCACUGGUCUAAAUGCUGCGGCCAACUUUGACUCUCGAUUCUGUGAAGUUCUUACCGAAAUGGUAUCUCAGAAUCUGCCGGUAAGUCAUCUUUUUGCUCUAGGAAAAAGAUUACCAUCGUGCUUUUCGCCCGAGCACGUGGUUUGCUAACCAUGAACUUGCUCCUUAUUCAUUAAUGAUUUCACCUGGUCCCGGUAACUUCUUUAGCAUUGUCGGAACGUGCCGACAUUUGAAUCUCUACAACUGAAGGCCCCGUCCCAUCGGUCACAACAAACAGGAAUACUGGAAAGACAAAUAUUACGUGUAAAUUGGAAGGGGGCAUUGUAAAACUAGCCAGCGUAUCAUUUUUAGGGAGAAGCUGGUGAGAGAGCAACCCUUUUUGAGACAAGAUUAAUGACUGGGUUCAACUACUGCCAACAUUGUUGUCGAGUUUCUUUAGAUUCUCCAAAGUUUGACGCAGAAAACUCAAAAUUAGUGCCACGACGCUGACUGUUGAGAGUUUUGUCUAAGGCGACCUCAACUCGAAGGUAGUCUGAAACCGUAGAAGUAAAUUUACCAGUCUUUAAUGCCAUAAAACAGAUCUUGUCCACAAAUUUCCCUCGUUUAUUUCCUCGAAUGCUUUUUGGCCUCUAAACGGUUUCGCUGUCAACAUUUCAGCAGUCUGCAUUCGGUACUUAGAGGUCCUUACCUUACUUUGGUCUAUCGGAAUUAUGUGUUAUUAAUUUCUUGCCAGAAUCGGUCCAAAGACAGCUGUAGCGAUACGCAGCCUAUAGUCUUUAAGCCUGCACGCAACAAAUUCGCGGCUCUGGCCGGCCAUGACUCCCUGCUUUUGAUGAGUGGUUGUCUUAAUACAACAGCAACUGCCCUCCAUCGUCUGGCCAACGAUUUCCGUCUGCUGGCCUCGGGUCCGCGAUGCGGUCUAGGUGAAUUUAUCCUGCCUUCAAACGAACCAGGCUCUAGUAUAAUGCCAGGUUGGUUGCUCGUUUACUUAUCAGCCAUUUAUACAUUUGCCAACCUGACCACGCUAUGUACUCAGCAAAUGCUUCUUUGUAUUCCGAAUGCAGGCAAAAUCAACCCAACUCAGUGCGAGGCUCUGAGCAUGGUUUGCGUUCAGGUGAUGGGGAACCAUGUAACCACAAGCAUCGCCGGGUCACAAGGUCAUCUGGAGCUUAACGUCUACAAACCGCUGUUGAUCGCCAAUAUGUUGCACUCAAUAAGCCUGCUGAGUGAUGCUUCACGCUGUUUUACUGACCAUGCCAUUAUCGGUCUUCGCAUGAAUCAUGCUCGAAUUAGCGAACAUGUCAGUAAUUCACUCAUGCUUGUUACUGCUCUUACCCCUGUGCUUGGUUACGAUAAAUCCGCCGAGGUCGCCCUCUUUGCCCAUGAUCAAGGCCUCAGUUUACGCCAGGCCGUUUUAGAAAAGGGCUACAUGACGGAACAACAGUUUGACGAAUGCAUUGAGCCUUUAAAAAUGGCAUUUCCCUUCGGAGACCCUCAUGACGCUUAA